AUGUCGACCAGGGCGAGAACCCCAGUUGCGACACCUCCGAUCGACAGCCCGCCUUCGGUGCGCACUUCCCACUCACCUGGCGCAUUCCUCACCCCGACACCCUCGGCCCUGGAUGCCGAUCUAAGCGCUUCAGACUACUUCAUGGCCGACGACGCGCGGGGGGCCGUCACCCCGAGUAUCGACGACCCUGUUACUCACCCCGAACACCCCGAACCCGAACUUGACGCGCACGAAACCACAUCUACCGAUGACAAGAAAAAGGAGAAUGGGGCCACCGCCACGGACUUACAGGGCCUUGAAGACCACAGCAUCCUGCCUCCCUUGAUCGACUGUGACGACAGCAGCUUGUUCCCCUUGUCCGAAAAUGGCGACCACGAACGGGCGAACAACCAAACCCUCAUAGAGGAACAUGAGAUGCGCCGGAAGCUGAUGGACAUGGAGUCGAGCUUCCUGCCUGAGCCCUCGACAAUUGACAUCGCUGCGACUGGUCCCAGGGCCGGCGCAGACGAUACCUACCUCGUUGGAAUUGGUGGUGACUACGAUGCGGACACAACACAGCAGACCGAGUCGUCUCAAUUCUCUUUUAUACCGCCAUCAGAGACCUACACCGACCAGGAGCAUAAUCGAUAUGCCCUCACCGAAGGAACUGAAACCGUGGAUUCUGAAGUGAUGCCGGGCGCGCAUGAACAACAACAAGCAGAUAAUGAUGAAACUUUCGAUUCCCUCGCAUCGUCACCUACAGCAUCAGCCGCCGUCCGAUCCGCGUAUCGCAAUCAGUCUACACUCUCCGAAAAUAUUCCCGAUAGCAGCCAGAUUUUCCAAGAUGAACGACCGUUCAGAUCUCAAAUGUCCCAAUCAGAUAACGAGUCGCAACUUACCCCCUCAAAACUCCGUCAAAACUCUCGCGAUUUGUCUCCAGGCGCCUCGAGAUUAUUCAGUGACCAUAGUAGUGCCGGAGGUAGUCUCUCCCGAAGAGGAAGUAGACCCAAAUACCUCACUAGUCGGCAGUCCACAAACCGUUUGUCAUACUCUUCAGCCGCAAGCAAUAAUACCGAAACUACCAACAGUGAUGCGACACUUGGCGCCGACUACGCGCUCCAGUCUGGAGGAGCAGCCUCUGAGAAUUGGGGCAACGUCAAUGCAGGAUCUCGCGACCAUAUGACCCGGACGACUAGCCUCGGAAGCAUGGCUUCUGGCGUUUCAGGAUAUAGCGAAGAAAAUUCUGUUGAGAGACGACAUGCCGUGUCAGGAGAUGGUGGCUUGCAGACACUGGAAGAGGAAAGCUCACCGCAGUCUCCACGACAGCACCCAGGCUUCGAUGGACACUCAGGACCGGAAACGCCCAAGGCCAGACCUCAGGAUAGCUUUCCGACCGACACCGCAAUUGCAGAGCGCGUCAAAGGUAUUCAAGUUCCCACCAACUUCGUGCAACGUUUCCGAGAAGACUUUGGGAACACGGUGCCCUCUCCAGAUAAGCGUGCAGGUGCUUCAACUCCGGCAUUUGGCCGAAGUGGUCGAACCAUGACUCUCAAGGAGCAGAGCAGUACCAUUGAUCGUCUUUCGAAGGAAAACUUUGAUUUGAAGAUGCGCAUUCACUUCCUCAAUGAAGCUCUGAACAAGCGGUCCGAGGAAGGCAUCAAGGAAAUGAUUUCCGAGAAUGUCGAACUCAAGUCGGACAAGUUGAGGCUGCAAAAGGAUAACCACGGGUUGAAGCGUAAGAUCCGUGAUUUGGAAAAGCAAAUGAAAGACCAGCAGUCUGACAAGGACUCCAUGGUGAAUCAUGAUCCUGAGGCGUCAGAAGAUGACCGGGACUCAGCACAAGAUGGAGAGCUAGUGUUCUUGCGCGAGCGUGUUGAAACCUACGAGCUCGAAAUUGAGCGAUUGAGGACCGAAAGCAUUUCCCGAGAAGCCGAGAAGCGACGCCUGGCUGAAAUGGUCACUUCGUUGAGUGAGAACCGAGGAGGGUCAGAUUCGGGUGCACGCGAAGAGAGAAACAUGUGGAAGGAUAUGUUGGAUGCCGAGACAGCAGCCCGUGAACAAGCCGAAGAAGAAAACCGCAGACUGCGUGAUGAGACGCUUCGGGGUGCUAUGAUGAAUACAUCCACAAGCAAUCCACUCAUGAUGGAGCUUGAACUCUUGAAGCAAGAGAAUGCAGAAUUGAGAAAGGAAGUCAGCGCACAGACUUCGAUGCUCACAUCUCGCAACCGAGAGAAGGAGCGUCUGUACCAGGAGAUAGAAGAAUUGAAGCUUGGUUCACGGCGCGAUGGCAGCCGAUCCGUUGCCGGAGACAGCAUCCUUGAUCGCUCAGCGUCACGCGCUCAGAUGCGGCCGGGGUCUGAACACAGCGACGGCACUGGGUCGCAUGGUUUUAUGGACCGCGAUGAACUGGAAGCUCGGAACGGACAGCUUCGUGAUCAAUUGUCGACACUCAAGCUCGAGAACCAGGCAAUCCGGGCUCAGCUCAACGAUUACGUCAAUGAACUGGAAGAACUUGAUAAGGCUUACCAGGCUGAUGUUGACCAAGCAGAAGAGGAGAUGACAAGCCUGGGCCAGGAGCGAGAUCAGGCCAUCCUGGAACGAGACCAAGCCAUGCAGAUCGCUGAUGAGCGUGAGGCUGCUUUCCAGGAUCUUCGUGGCGAGGCACAGGAAGAGCUGGACGCUCUUGGUGAAGAGCUUGACCAGAAGAUUGUCGAAUGUCAGCGCCAGAACGAAGACCUGAGAAACCAGGAUGAGAGCCUCAAGGUUUUGCAGGCAGAGAUGCGUUCCGCUAGCGAAGGUAUCAUUCGCCUGGAGGAAGAUGCACAGAACAACCUGGAGAGGUACAAGGCUGUACAGCAGGAGCUUGAAGAAACCAACCGCGAGAUGGAGGAGUUGGAGAAGGGUCUGUUCGAAGCCAAUUCCAAGGUGCAACGCUUGACCGUGCAGAUCGAAUCAAGCCAGAACGAGAUUGCCUUCCUUCGAGAAGAGCAAGAUGGCGAUAAGAUCCGCAUCGGGGAUCUGGAGUCCGAGUUGAAGACGUACCAUAUGAGCUUGCACAGCGAAAAGGAGAAGACUAGAGAGCUGGAGCAACGGUUGGCAGAUGAGCGACACCAGCGUGAGGUUGUUGGAAGCAAGGAGAAGCAAGAGGUCCAACGACUUAUGAACGAGUUGAACCGUGAGGCCUCGGCAGCCAAAGAAGAGGUCCGUAGGCUGAAGAAGAGUUUGUCCACUCAAGAAAUUGAGACCACUACCUGGCGCGAACGUCUCAUGGAUCUUGAGAACAACCUCCGAGAGACGCUGGGAGACCUCAGCGGCAGCCGAUCAAGUCUUAUUUCCAACAUCAUGAAACUCCAGAAAGAACUCGAGUCCACCGCACUUGAAUUGGAAAGCUUGCGGCAGCAGUUCGAUGAGAAAGACUCGCUACUUCGAAACCGUGACGCUCUCCUGGAGAGUCAUGGACUGGAGUCCCGGAAGCUCUCCGAGCUACUGGAGCGUGAGAGACAAGCUCGCCGAGCUGAUAAGCAAUCCUUCGAGCAGUCUCUCAAGUCCCACCAUCAAGCAUCUCGCACGAUCACUCAAAAUAACUCUCGCAUUACGGAUCUUGAGAACGUUCGAAACCAAGACCGCAAGCGAUUCACAUCCCUCGAGCAACAGUUCCGGGAUCAGUUAAACGAACGCAAUACGAUGUUCCUUACCAUUUGGAAGAGACUGUCCUCGAUCUGCGGGCCAGAUUGGGCCCAUUCGAACAGUCUGAUUAACGGCAACCUUCCCAGCCAGGAGGUCAUUGGAAACAUCUUGUUUUGGCCUGGCUUUAGCCGUAACUUAAUGCUUGCUCUCAAGACCGUUGAGAGUGUGGUCACCGGGUUCAAGGGUAAGAUCAAGAGCAUCGAACAUGACCUGACCAAGCAAUAUACAAACCUCGAGCAUUCCUUCAACCAGCGAGCCCGGAGACUCGAGCGAGUUGAGGAAACGGUCAAGACCAUGCGGUCCGGACGAGGCCACUCGGGUUCCUCAUCGUCAUCAGAAGCGGCCAAGUUGCGAGGAGAGAACCGACUCUUGAAGGCUGAGAUUAAUCUGCUCCAGUCUAAUAGCCGGACUCAUGGGUCGGCCUCCGCGGCGGCAGCGGCCGUGAUGUCUCCUCGGUCUCCAUCUCUCAGCGCGGCAGAGAACGUGGAACGAUCGCUGGCGCGUCACAACUCCACUUCUGGCAUUGGGGACCGGCCUCGCUCGGAUAGAACCCUUGCACGCAGCUCCACAGGCCUUCCUCAGCCCUCUCACGCCUCUUCAACCAGCACUCUCACCAAUAAUGCGGGAGCAAUGACGCAUCGCUCGCGCAGUGGCACAGCCACCUGGGAAGGAACCGAUGACAAAUGGCAUCAUCGAUUGCACGAGUUGGAGAAGCGACUCAAGGCUGAACGAGAAGGCCGUCUUCUCGACCGCAGCGGAGCCCGAAAGCGGCUGGAGGAGCGUGAUGUCGAGAACCAGAGACUUCGUGAUCAACUCCUACGAGAACGUACACGACGUGGUCCAUCUGGGAUCCAGCCUGGUCGUGUCCCGACCUCUGAUGAAGGGCAGACAUCGAGUGAAGGAGAGGGCAUCACGGUGGACAUUGAAGUAUGA